GCAACUUUACGUUGGCCGCCAUUGAGAAAGGACAAAGAAUUGGUAAGGAAUUAAGGGAAAUUAUGACAGUUGUUUGUUGAUUUAUAAUUUGACACAAUUUAAAAUUUGAAGUUAAUUGUUGUGUUUUAAACUGGCACAAUGUUAGACCCUUGUAAUUCGUUUUUGGACAGUGAGCCAGAAGAUUGUGUGGUGUUGCAAGCAGACGCUGGUCAGCCUGGUGUAGAUGGUUUGGUUGAUGACGAUUUAGAUGUAACUGGGACCCUGUUUGCUUCGUUAUUUACUGACUUUUCUAACCCUUGUAGCACUAAAACAAUCACAGACAUGAGUUCUUCCUCUGACAGCGAAAGCAAUGACAUUUUUAACUAUCUUUCAAAAACUCAAGAAAAUUUGAUGAAAAAAGAGAUUGUAGCUCAAGAAAAUUUGAUGACUAAAGAAACUGUAACACAAGAAUCGGUCAAAAGAAAUACAAGGUCAUGUUCAAAUUCAGUUCUGAAAGAAAAUAGUAAAUCAGAUUCAGUAAAACAAUCUUUGUACAGUCGCCCGCCUCUAAUGUGUUCAACGACAGUAAAUUCAAAAUCAUGCAAGAUAAAAUUUGAUUGUCAGUCUAGAAAAGGUGGCAGUUCUGACAGAUCAGAAAAAAGCAUGAAUAAAAAUGCUAUAAUAGCCAGAGAAAAUCGUGAGAAAAAGAAACAGUAUGUUAAACAAUUAGAAAUUGAUAUUGAAGACGUAAAGCUACAAAAUGUUGAUUUGCAAUUGAAGUUAGAAACAAAAUCAAAGCAGUGUGCUUCUAUGCAAAAAGAAAUACAAUAUUUGCGCAAUGUUUUGGCAAAUCAGACUGGUAUAUCUGCACUUUUGAAAAAUAUUCACGAAACCCAAGGAUUGUCAUUUUCAUCAUCACUGGGCCGCAAAGUUGAAAACAAAAGCAGUGACACAUUAAAAAGACGCUUGGAUGAAAACGAUAAUUAUGACAAUUCUAGUAAAUCUAAAGGUAUUUAUGUAACAGCAACAGGGUCCCAUAAAAAGAGCAAACAAGAUACAGUUCAGCCAGUUUCAGAAGAGUACAGUCUCCCAUUAACUCCAAGCCCCAGUCCAGAAGUUGCAGGAGGUGUAUGCCUUCAUGUCAAUAAUAACAAAGUUUCCUUGGAAUUGUGUUCAAAAUGCGCUGAAAAUGCUAGCAAUGUUUGGAAUGAAGCAGCAAUGCUUGAUGUAGCUGUAAAUGAAAAUACUGUUAACGAAGGGACAAAAAUCUGAUAACACGGUGUAGUAUGACCAAAAAAAUGGUCUGUGUCAUUUUGUAUCAUUUGUUUUUCCAUAUUAUAUAUAUGUUCAACUUUCUUAACAUAAAAUGGAGUUGAAACUAGAAGACGUAACAUAUUGAAAUCAUAACUGUCCAGUAAAUUCAAUAUACUGUCCAGACUCAGUUGACAGUAUAGUGUCAUUGCCCAUGAAGAAUUAUCACUCCAUUUAAUGUUUGAGAAAAACUUUUCUUUUUCAGCUGGGGAAUUUCAUUGAAACUUUUUAGGGGAAAUAUAAAUUCUGUCAAGUGUAAAAAUUGUGGUACAUUAGCUGAUAUAGUGCUUGUGUGUUCUACUAUGCAAAGGCUCUACCAUUUAGCAUAUUUUUUAUUUAUUUUGUUCAGAACAUUAGUUUUACACUUAUUACUAUUAACUUGAAAAAAGUAUUUCACCUUAAAAGUAGCAUACUGAUAGUGUGAGAUUAUUAAAGGUUUAUAUUUGGAUAAAAUUUGGCAAUAUGAAUAUUUAUCUAUAUUCUGAUUCUUUCAAAGUCUGUUUUGGUCCAUGUACUAUGUGUAUCUCUUUCAUAUAAAAACAAUGCAAGUUCAAGAUGGGUUAAGGUUAGGUUGAUAGUGGGUAGGGAGGGUACAUUGUUAUAUGACACUUAUUUCAAUGACCGUUUAUUUUCUCUUUCAGUGAAUUAUGCUGAGAAGCGAUGAGUAUGUAUAUAUGAGAAGCAAAAGGGUUUAGUUUUCAAUUGAAAACAUCAUUAAUGAUGUAACUGGAUGGUGAGCCCCUAUAACACCUGCCUAGGGGCUGGAUGCUGAAGUGUCCUAGUAUAACCUUUGUACAUUUUGUAAGUAUAGAAACCAUUCCCAUGAAUUGUGCAGCUCAAACAAGGUAGGAGAGGAAAAGGAGAAUUGAUGGUAAAAUUCUAAUUAACUUCAAACGGUAGUAAAUUAAAAAUCCAUGUAUCAAAUUAAGAUUUGCAAAACUGCAUUUAUAUUACUAGUUAUAAAGAUUUUUGACAGGUUAUACAUGUAUGGCCCUAGUAUAUAAACGGCUGUUUGAAAAUAUAACCUGAGCCGCUAGGCGAUGGUUUAUAUUGCAAACAAUCGUUUAUAUACGGUCAAAUAACCUGUCUGAAAAAAAAUUGUUGAAUUUUGUUUUGAAAACUAUCUAGAAUGAUAGAAAAUGGUCUAACUAAGAAUAUAAAAUCCGAACACCAAUAUCUUUAAUUCAGUCAUUAACGUUGUACAGACGUUUAAAGUGUUAUUUAGAUGAUGUCAAAAUGUAGCGCUAAAUAUCACGUGCAAAACAAGACAAUAAUUAUAUAACUGCACGCUGUACAAUUGCAGUUGCCUAGCAAGCAAGGGGGUUCAUAACCAUUUUUCUUUGACAAUGAAAUUAAAUAAAAAGUUUAUUUUUUCGGGAAAUAUGGUAUAUAUUUUCACUCAACAUGAUAAAAUGCCAAAGGAAAAAAUAUCCUCUUAUUACUUUCUACUUAAUAUCUUAACGUUAAUCAGGGCUUUUACACCAAAUUUAAAUCUGUAUAUUAGGUUAUGUGCUCAGUGGAAGAAAGAACCUUGGAAAAAUUCCCAGUUUUAACUCUGAAAAAUAGUUUCCUUGUUUUUUAUUGGGUAUAUGAAAUAAAAAAGUAGAAAGAAACACUAUGGGCUUAGCAAAUCUACCUGCCCCAGUUUAUAAAGAUGAGAAUUUGAGAUUAAAUAUAAUCUUGUUCUUAGAAUUCUCAGCAAUUAAAAAAAAAUAAUUCCCAACUUGUGUGCUUUAAUGUAAGUACAGGUAUUAUUUUGAAAUAUACCUCAGUUGCAUACACCCCUCUAUAUUAACCCAUUACUUCAUGAGCAUUUUGUGAAAAAUAGCUGUUUUCAUUGAAAAGUCUCCCGUUACAAGUUCAAAUUGCUAUAAUACUAUAAAAUUUAAAACUGCUUCAACACUAAUCAAACUUGGCACAAAUGUUGACUUGACCAUUGCCCUUGCAACAACAUGCUCAGGCUUAAAUUUUCUGUUACCAUGGCAACGUUAAAUAAAAAACAUGUAAAUUAAAUUAUUAAUAUAUAUUUUGCUAUAACUAAAUAUGCGAAAUGUUUUCCUUCCUUCUCUCAAAUGAAGAAAAAUUAAAUAAAUACUGAACUUCAGAAAGAUAAAAUUAGAUAAUAAAUUGUUAACCUUAUUUUAAAUUUUCAAAAACUAGUGUUCAUUGUUUUUCUCAACUUAAAUUUCAUGAGUUGAUUGUCAUGGGAAUGGUUUCAUGCUGGAGAAUAAGGUAUGUUUAAUAUGAGAGUUAGAGGAGAAAAAAACUACAGUUUAUUUAAAGACCAC